AUGCGCUCUAUUGAUCGCGACCUCUCCUCCGAGCUGUCAUUAGAGGAUACCGUGAACCUCCUCUCAGGCCACGACUUCUGGAAUACUCGCACCAAUCAAGCCCUCGGCCUAGGAUCACUCAAGUUCUCUGAUGGCCCAAAUGGCGUCAGAGGCGAAGACUGGAUCAAUGGAGCGCCAUCUACAGCAAUUCCGUGCGGGACAGCUCUAGGUGCCUCUUUUGAUGUCGAAUUGGCGACGAAGCUGGCUGGCGUUCUCGCGAGAGAGUGUAAGCGCAAAGGAGUGCAUGGACUCCUGGCUCCAACCAUGAACAUCCAUCGCUACCCCUUGUGUGGUCGAAACUUUGAGUCUUAUAGCGAAGAUCCUUUGCUCAGUGGCCUCAUCGCUGCAUCUUUCGUCAAGGGUCUUCAAGCCCAGGGCAUUGCCACUAGCCCAAAGCAUUUCCUAGCCAACGAGGCAGAGAACGGUCGACGAUGGAGUGACAGCGUUAUCGAAGAGCGAGCAUUAAGGGAAAUAUAUCUCGAACCGUUUAGAAUUGUUGUUGAACAGGCCGAUCCAUGGUGCAUCAUGACUGCAUAUAAUUCUGUCAACGGCUCGUUCUGCUCCGAAUCUCAGAGCCUUCUCUCCAUCCUCCGCGACGAAUGGCGAUACAACGGUGCGGUCAUUUCAGACUGGUUCGGAACCUACAGUACAACGGAUGCCUUCAACGCUGGUCUCGACCUCGAGAUGCCAGGCCCGACCAAGUUUCGAGAAUACAAAAAGGUGUUGGAAGCUCUAAAGAGGGGAGAAAUACAGAAUAAACAGAUCAAAAAAUCAGCAGCGAGGGUCGUCAAUCUUCUUCGAAAGACCGGUCGUGUUGGAGAACCUGGUUUCCCACCGCCACUGAAAGCCGAAGAACCAGACUAUCUCGAGGAUUUAGAGUCCAGGUCGUUGAUACGACAGGCUGCUGAGUCAAGCAUGGUCCUUCUGAAGAAUGAAGGAGAUACACUUCCACUUGUUGAUCGAGAUACCAGACUCGCUGUAUUUGGACAUCAUGCGAUCGAACCGUCUCUAUUUGGAGGAGGAUCUGCAAGUCUCAAGGUGCCAUAUGCAUCAACUCCAUGGGAAGCUCUCCAGAAGACCUAUAGAAAUGCGACACUUGGAGCUGGCGUCGCUGUCAACAGACUUGUGCCACUUCCGAACGAAUCCGGCCUCCAUAUUGACAGCAUCACGCUGUAUUGGCACAACGGAGAUCAACCCUCUCCACAACAGCUCUUCCACUCUCAAGAGUUGAAAGACACUUUGUACAUGCUUGUUGAGCAUGCGCCAGAUGGUCUACAAGAUCGCUCUGACUUUUGCACAAGUAUGAACUUCGAGCUUGUCGCACAAAAGACGGGGCCAUACAACCUUAGUCUGAGCGGCCCGGGUAGCGCAAAGUGCCUGUUGGACAACCGGAUUGUUCUCGACGUUGAGCGAGAUCUCAACAUUUCUACCGAGGACUUCCUCUUUGAUCGCUCAAAACUAGAAGUCCGUCGACAGGAACCGGUACAUUUGGAAGCAGGUCGAAGGUACAAGUUUGAGGUUCUCAGCUGGUCUUCGAAGCACAAGGCUCAGAAUGUGAACCGCGAGUUCUUCAUCCAGGGUUGUCGACUUGGUCUUGCACUCGCUAGCGAUGACGAUAUCGCUUUGGCUAGGGCAGAAAAGCUUGCAGAGACUGUUGACACUGCUCUAGUUGUGGUCGGCACUGGUACAGAAUGGGAAUCCGAGGGAUUCGAUCGUGUGAGCAUGAAGCUCCCACGUCGACAAGAUGAGCUCAUCCUUCGUGUCGCCAAGGCAUGCCACGGCCGGACAAUCGUGGUUGUCAAUGUCGGGUCACCCAUUGACACGAGUUCUUGGAUUGAUGAAGUCGAUGCCGUCAUUUAUGCGUGGUUUCCUGGUAUGGAGUUCGGCAAUGCGCUUGCUAGAAUUAUAUCUGGAGACGCAUCGCCGUGCGCGAGACUUCCAACUACGUUUUGGGACACAGUGGAAGAUUAUCCAGCUGGUAAUGUUGAGAGUCUGAUGACUUCUGAAAAGGAGAUCCAUUAUCGCGAGGGCAUCUACGUCGGGUACCGUCAACCGUCACUUGAGACGUACAGCCCGCGAUUCGCCUUUGGCCAUGGCUUGUCAUACAGCGUAUUCAGUUGUUCUGUCAAAAGCCCUACCAACUUGACGUUUGAUCCCAUUCAGGCAGCAGUCAAAGUAAUUCUUGAAGUUCAGAAUACUGGCGCUGUGGCUGCGAGUGAAACCAUUCUCCUCUUCAUUGAAGCUUCGGAGCCAACGACACCGAGACCGAGGGUAGAGCUACGAACAUUUGCAAAGACUGCGAUUCUGGAGCCGGGAGCUUCGCAAGAUCUGGAAUUCUGUUUAACAGCUCAGGGCUUCUCGUAUUGGGAUGUCCAAGAUCACCUUUGGCGUGUUGACGCGGGAAAUUAUAGGUUUCGUAUGGCUGGACCGCGUGGAGUCGGGGACUGGAAGGAAAUUAAUGAUGUUGUUGUCAGAGUUGAUGAAGGAUUUACCAUAGAGUAG